AGUUUUCUUAAGCCCUAUGUUUAGUAAAUUUUUCUUUAAAUGAUUACAACCAAUUAGAAAGGUCGAGAAAGUACCAAAGAACAGUCCAGUAAGGUGUUGGAGUCACUAUCAAGCACCAUUUAAAGGUGCGACAUCCUGUUCUGACACAUGGUCACAAGAGCACAUAGUGUGAGAAGAAGGCAAGAUUAUUUGCUUUAGUAAUCUUAUUUAAAUGACAUGAACUGUACAUAAAAAAUAUGUGUGUAUGAAGGUGUAGAGACGACUUUUGACAGGUUUUUUGAAUUUUUUUUAUUUUGCAUGUUCAGAAAUUCAGUUUUUCUUUUCGCUGCCUCAGGGUAAACGUUGUGUGAUGGGUACUUUUCGAGGAUGUUUUGCGCAAUACCUCACAUUGGCCAUAAUGUGUUACAAGAAGGGAAGAUGCAGGGUUACUGGGUGUGCAGGAAGACCCAAAGUGAUGUGCAAAAAUUGUAACAUACACCACUAUUUCACAGCAGAGAAGAACUGCUUUUUGAAGUUUCGUACGGAGUGAAAUCUUAUUACAUUAUAUGGCAUGACACACUACAUGAUACAGACCUAUGCAUGGAUCAAAUUCAAUAAAUCAGCGUCUUUCAAAUGUGUCAUUUCUUGACAUUUUUUUUUUUUUUUUAAAUUGUGAUUUUGAUGAUAAUUUUCUGUAUGAUUCUGUACCAUUGUUGCACAACCUUCCUACACAAAUAUUUUGGUGCGGGGGGAGGGUAGGUGGGUCAAAAAAAAAAAAAAUUAUCAAUAAAAUGUUCCCAAAUGAACCAAAAAAUUAUGUGGAAUAUUUUUUUUUCAUGUGCCGUCAACAUGUGUGCAGUAGAGGGUGUUGUGGCUGAUUAGUGUAACUGUGUACAUAAGUGUUUGCUGUGGUUCAUGAAAGCCAAUUUUGAUGAACUUCCCAUUUUCAUGUUGCCUUCUAUUUUAUCUCCUUUAUGUUUUUUUUUUUUUUUUUAAAGGUGCAAAGCACAUUUUGUAGUUCAAAUAAGUUUGUAACAUUAUAUCAGAUAAUGAUAUAUACGGUUAUGAACUGUAAAAUAUUGAAAAUGCAUGCUUACAUUCUUAAUCUUAUCAUCCAAACCAUCUGUGGCUUCAGUGAAACCACAAGGAUUAACAAGAACGAUGCUUUCUUACCGUGUUGCUCAUACUACAAUAUUAAAAAAAGGAAGUAACAGUCCACUCAGUGACUCCACCCACCUUUGAAGUAUAUUUACACCAUGUUUAGCCAGUGAGAGCUCACUGAUCAUCUUCAUCAUGGCCAUCAUCAUCUCUCUGCUCCUGUUGGCCUCUCUGCUGCCACACCUGACCUUCACUGCUCAUGUGAAUGUGAGUAUAGUGAAUGGAAAAGAAGCCAAACCACACUGCAGACCUUACAUGGUUUCUAUUCAGGCGUGUGGGGACCAUAUCUGUGGUGGAUUCCUAAUUUCUGAUCAGUUUGUCCUGACUGCUGCACAUUGCUGGAACAAACGUAAUAUUCUAAUGGUUGUUGUUGGUGCUCAUGACUUAAGGAACAGCACAAGUUCAGAUCACAUCAGAGUGAAGUCCUACAUCCCUCAUCCAAACUAUACAUACAUUCCUAAUCAAUAUGCUGACGACAUCAUGCUUUUGAAGCUAGAGAACAAAGUCAAACUAAACAAAAAGGUUGGAGUGAUCCCAUUACCAAAGGAAAGAGAAGACGUUAACCCAGAUACUGCCUGUAGUGUUGCCGGCUGGGGAAGACUGAUGGAUAAUGGCCCAGUGAGCAAUGUUCUAAUGAAAGCAAAAGUGUCUAUAAUGAAUAACACAGAAUGUGGCAAUAGAUGGGGAGAAUUAUACUCAGUCUCACAGAUGAUCUGUGCGUAUGGCGAUGGUGGAUCCUGCCAAGGGGAUUCAGGAGGUCCUUUGGUUUGUGGAAAAACUGCUGUUGGUAUCACAUCUUUCAGUGCCCGGCGCUGUAAUUCACCUGAUCAUCCUAAUGUGUAUACUAAGAUUUCACAAUAUAUUCAGUGGAUCGACAAAGUUACUGGAAAUGUGUAGUGACUUCAUGGAAACUAAAGAAGGAAGAAAUGUUAUUCUUGAAUUCUUCCAUAAACCUUCUUUCAAUAAAAGUAUCACAAGGCAAGCAUC